UUCAAAAUCAGAAACAAUUUGCUUUCAGUUAACACGAACAAACAGUAAGUGACUAGUAAAUGACAUAGCCUUGAAAUGGGUUUUUGUCAAGUUUUUAAUGUCUCAGUUACGGCAUGCUGUAUACGUGGAGGAUUAUGAAGAAGCUUCUAGGCUUCAGGUGGCGAUUGCAGCUGCAUCUAACAAUGACAGUGUUGGAAAAGUGAUAUCUCUUCUCAAAAGAGCCAUAAAAGAAGAGCGGUACCAUGAUGCAGCUUUUUUAAGAGAUAAAGCUGGUGCUGGACUUGUGAGUUCUUAUGGAAUUUAUUUAAUGGCAACUUGCAUGAAUGUCUUUGAAUUAUGGUGGAAUUAG